AUUCCCCAUGUCAAACAACGGAUUAGUGUCCAGAUGGGCUACCAGCAACGACCUCGUUGAAAAGGCCACUCAUCAAGACAGUCUGGUGUCGCCCCAUCACAGCUAUCACCCUAAGACACCUCCACCCGCAAAAUCUCCAUCCAGAACCACAAAACUCGAAAGUAUUUGGGCAGAUGCAGUGAAUGAGCCAUCACCAAGUGAACCCUCUCACCUGUCUCACCUGUCACGGGGCAAGGCCUCCCAUUCCAACAGUCGCCCCGCACGUCAUCGUGGAGGUAAAGCACCCCUACAGACGCCCCCACUGUCGAGCGAAGCAAUGCGACCCCCCACCCAAGAUGAAGAACCAUUGGCACCAAUGACAGAUGCGGCCCGACUGUUUGCCGCUCGAUUGGGAACCAAUCCCAAACCCCAGAAUUCUACCAAGACUUCUACCAAGACUCCCACCAAGACUCCCAUCAAGACUCAUCCUCCCAGAAAUCCCCCCACUCACCAUACACCCAAAAACUCCUACAUCUCCGAUGAUGCGGCUGAUGCUGAGGACUCUGAGUCACCCAAGCAAAUGUCAGCUGCUGCCAUGGCAUUUGCUUCCCGUUUGGGUAUAUCUAGCUCUGCGCCCCCACCAUCUCACAAGUCUGGCAAACCUCCCAGGUCGUCUCAUAGAUCUCAAGAGAAGUCGCCCAGACACGACACUCCCAAGAAACUCCCAAACUCCAGGAACCUUCCCCCCAAGAAUCGCAAGAACCAGGAAGCCGAACAGCUCGAAAAGGAGGAAGCUGCUCGCCAAGCAGAACUUGAAAAAGAGAGAUAUAAGGCCGAGAUAGAGCAGUUGGUGAAGGAAAUGGAGAGCUCCGAAUUAAACUGGGCCGACAUCGAAGACUAACGGCUACCAUCUGGUGCAAGUAACUAUUGGUAUCAGUCUUCUCUUUUUGUAUAUUAUUCGUAAUCAUUGUGCAUUUAGCUAAUUUGACGUUAUAGAUUUAAUUUGCAGCCACGAAAGGCUAAUAAAUUAUGACCUACUUCGUCUCUCUCACAUUCAUUACAUUCGUGUCCCCUACCAUCACUAACUGAUCACAUCUCUUUGCACAUUUCAAAACAUCUUCAACAGUUCUAACUCCAUGCAUUGACAAAAUAAUAGUUCCAUGAAAAGUCAAUUCGUCCACGGUCUCAACUCUAGUGGACAUCUCCUUGAGUAACGCUUCCUGAUACAAAGAUGCAGUUGCUAUGCAUGAGCCUUGUAUGCUGAUUGAAAUAUCAGCACACUUUUCGGCUUCCGCCACAUUCACAUUGGUCUUGGCCAGGGAACUCUUUCUAUAUGAUAAUGCUGAUCCUUUUAUCUUUAUCGAAUUCAAUUCCACAUUAUAUUCAUUCAGGUAGAGCUUAAAAAUGUCUUCACUGGUGCGUACGAUAUUGAGACGGGUGCGUUCAACGUCUUUAUCAACAAUCAUCUCCCAAAGAACAGACUGGUCAGUAGCCUCUGUAAAAUCUCCCAUUACCACCAACCGUUUGGGAUGAGAAACCGUCAAGUUGCAAAGAAAUUGUGAUUCAAAACAUAUAACGUUGUCGAACUUUCCUUGAAGUUUGGCCAAGUCUACAGCGGCCACAAACACAAACUUCAGAAAUGCGCUCAUCAUAAGCUGCUUGACUUUGUGUUCGUUGUUCUCAAAUCCUAACACACUGGACGCUUUGCGAAGGUUAUCAUAAAUAUCAAGAAGUUUAUGG